CGGGGUUGGUGCUGCUGCUGCUAGCCCUUCUUCACUCUCCACUGUUCUCUUCCUUCCUUCUCCGUCCUCCGUCCUCGCUCGCUUUAAAGCUUAAGCCGCCCCGGCAAGCAAGCAAGCUAGCAGCAGCAGCACUAGACCAGUUGCAGUAGGCAGUAGCUCCUCUCCCCUGGACCCUGGUGCUGGUGGGUGGUCUGGCUCCUGGGUUCUUAAUUGCAUGCUCCUGCUUCGCUUUGAUCUCUCCGUCAUCGAUCGAUCGGUCGGUCCAUCUCGCUUUUCUUCCGUCCUCCCAAGCCCUUGCUUCCAAUCAACCCCUCUCGCUGCUGCACUGCAUACUGUACUCUCUCCCUCUUCUUCUUCCUUGGCGAGGACCGAGGGGAGUGGUGCGCGGUUCUUGUCUGCGUACGGCGGAGAAAGAGUCCCUUUUUAAGCCCCACCAUUUCCUGAUCGUCGGCGGCAGAAGCAAGCUCCCGGCGCCGUGCGGGGGAAGGAAUUCUCUGGACACAGAGAGACGUGCGUGCGUGCGCGUGUAUUUGGCAUGGAUUCUUGGGAGCCCAAGAUGCCUUCUUGGGACCUCGGCACGGUGGUCGCGCCCAGCGGCGGCGGGGGAGGAGGAGGCGGCGGCGGGGCGCUGGACCUGAAGCUCGGCGCGCCGACGAGCUGGAGGCCGGUCCCGGCGCCGGUUGUAUCGGUGCAGCAGCAGCAGCAGCAGCAGCCGCCUUCCGCGGCGACGGCGAAGCGUGCCCGGGCGGGGCAGGGGCAGCAGACGGUGCCGGCGUGCUCCGUGGAGGGGUGCACGGCCGACCUGUCCCGGUGCCGCGAGUACCACCGCCGGCACAAGGUCUGCGAGGCGCACUCCAAGACGCCCGUCGUCGCCGUCGCCGGCCAGCAGCAGCGCUUCUGCCAGCAGUGCAGCAGGUUCCAUUUGCUCGGGGAGUUCGACGAGGUGAAGAGGAGCUGCAGGAAGCGGCUCGACGGCCACAACCGGCGCCGCCGGAAGCCGCAGCCGGAUCCCCUCAACCCUGCCGGCCUGUUCGCUAAUCACCACGGAGUGCCAAGAUUUGCGUCGUACCCGCAGAUCUUCUCCCCGACGUCCAUGGCGGAGCCCAAGUGGCCAGGCGGCAUCGCCGUGAAGACGGAGGCCGACGCGUUCCACGAGCAGUACUACUCCUUCAACGGCGCCGCCUCCCUCUUCCACCACGGCAAGCCGGAGAGGAAGCACUUCCCCUUCCUGACCGACGGCGGCGACGCCACGUUCGGCUGCCAGCCGCCGGCGUUCACCAUCACCCCUUCCUCGGAGAGCAGCAGCAACAGCAGCCGGCACAGCAACGGCAAGACCACCAUGUUCGCCCACGACGGGGGCCCGGACCACAACUGUGCUCUCUCUCUUCUGUCAGACAACCCGGCGCCGGCGCACAUCAUGAACCCCGCGGAGGCGCAUCAUCUCGGUGGCGGCGGCGGCGUGACCAUACAGUACGGCGGUGGAGGCGGCGGCAAGGUGGCGCGGCUGCACAACAACGGCGACGUCUCGCUCACCGGGCUGUCUUACGUGAGCCUGGGUGACAAGGGCGCGCCCAUGUUGUUGCACACGUCUAACAGAUCACAACACGCCGCUGCUACCGCUACCACUGCCGUUACUACAAGCACAGCUCCAGCUCCGACGGCGUCGCAGAUGCAGCAGUACCAUGGCUACUACCACCACCAACACCAAGUGGGCGCUGAUCAGGGGAACCACCAGGAUGCUGGUGGGAUGCAUGCCCUUCCCUUCUCGUCAUGGUAGUUGUCUCCCUCAUCAGUCAGAUCCUAGGCAGUUGGUGGUGGUCAUCAAUCAUCGAAUAUGCCCCCUGAUAGUGUUAGCCCUGAUGAUCCUCAAGAAAUCACCCGAGAUAUGUCCAUUUUGCAACUUCUCAUGAUACUUCUAACUUAUGGAAAAUCCCUCCUGCUUAUGAUUCAGAAUUGGAUUACGACGA